AUGAAAAACCAUAAAUUACCUCUUAAUACACGAACCUGCGUCUUCAUUGAUUCAAGUAAUCCUAAUUUACCGAAUCAAGUUAUGAAAAUAUCAUCAAAACCUUUCAUUAAAGUUGCUUUUCCACCAGUAAUUAAUAUUAGAGAUUUAAUGACUAAACAAACCGAAAAUCGACGAGGACCAAACGCAUUUAUUAUUUAUAGAAAGAUUUUUGUAGAAACUGCAAGAGCUGACGGUUAUCAGCUUCCUAUGACUGUUGUUUCAUCGAUGGCCUCCCAAUCUUGGGAACAAGAAAGCGAAAUGGUCAAAGAUGAAUAUAAAAGAUUAGCUAAAGAAGCUAAUGAAAUUCGUAAUGAAAUUUUUCCAAAGUUACCUCGUCGUAAAAAAAGAGAACGAUGGAAUAUAGUUUCGUUCCAACAACCAGAUUUACAAUCAUCAAUAACAACAUCUUCUACUCAACUAAAAAAUUCAAUUACUACUCAUGAUAUUCAAUAUGAUUUAGACGAAGGAUCAUCAUCAUCAAAGACAAACGAUAGUAACGAUAGUAACAUUAGUAACGAUAGCAAUGAUAAUUCACCAAUUAUAGAUGAAUAUUAUGAUUUAUAUAUUGAAUCAACGUCUCAUUCAUCAUCUAUUAAUACUGAAUCGAAUGAAAUCUUAGAUGAUUUAAUUUAUUCAGAAAUUAAUUCUUUUAUUACACCCCAAAAUAUUGAAAAAAUCGAAUCGGAAUCCCCUUUACAGUCAAAUAAUGGUGACUUAGAGGAAUGUAAUUCUUAUUUGGAUAUGAUAAGUGAAUCUACCGAUUCAUGGAGUAAAUUAUUAAAUGAUUCGUUGAUUAUUUCCAACGCGAAAGAUGAUAACGAAUUGAAUAAGGAUAAUAAUAAUAUAAAUAUUAAUCAUCAGGAUUAUUCGUUAUCAUCUCCAGAAAUUAUGGGAAAUUCUACAUACGAUUUCUUAUCUGAAUUGUCAGAUUCAGAAGAAUCAACUAUAUCUAUAAAUAAUAUUGCACAACUUUCGGAUGUCUUAGGAAUUACAUAUAAUUCCAUUUAUUUUUAG